AUGGUGAAACCCAACUAUCUCGGCUCACGAAAAACUAGAGAUGCAAUCCUGACAGGACCCGGAUCUGAGUUCGUCCUCAUCCCUGCCCAGGUCCGAGGCGUGGAUCCGUUGGAACCCCGUGUGAAUCUUGAUGAAGAACCUUCCACAGACGAUCUAGAUGGAGAUAUCAAGCUUACCCCUGAACAAGAACAUCUCUUACAGGAAAACCAACAAGAGACAAGACGGGUGAAGAGAAAAGCAUUGAGUGACUGGCGCAAACUCUGGCCAGACGGCACAAUACCAUACAAAAUUGAGGAAUCUGCAAGAAAUUUCUCAGCUGCAAUCGGUCUGGCGAUAGAACACUGGGAAAGUAACACUUGCUUGACUUUUGAUCCAUCACCUACGACUGAACAGUAUUUAUCCUUCCAAUUAUCCCACAAUACAGUAUGUUGGUCGUAUGUUGGAAAAGUCUCAAUACAACCUCAGCCCAUUGGUAUUGCAGCUAAAUGCGCAACUUUUGGCACGAUCGUCCACGAAAUCGGGCACGCUAUCGGGUUUGAUCACGAGCAAUCACGACCAGAUCGGGAUGACUGGGUUGUCAUUCACGAGGAGAACGUUAUAACAGGAGAAAUGAAAAACUUCAAAUUAAAUUCCUACGAUCAAACUAUGACAAGUAUUCCUUAUGAUUAUGAAUCCAUCAUGCAUUACUCUCCUUACAGUUAUGCUAUAGAUAGUACUAUACCAACGAUCACAACGAAAAACCCAUUCAAGUUCCCGAACAUAGGCCAGCGAAAAGCGCUGAGCUUUCGCGACGUCCAAGCCGCCAAUAUGAUAUACAACUGUAGCGUAGGCUGUCCUGUUAUAACAUGUUAUAACGAAGGUUUUGUAGGCCCCGAUUGUACAUGCGUGUGCCCAGAAAAGUUCACCGGAACGCAUUGCCAAGACGACAAUCCUAAUUACGAACAACCUUGUGAAUUCGAAAUGACGUCAAACUCUGGUAUGAUCCAAUCGCCCAAUUUCGGAAUCGGGAACUACCCAGUAGAAACGAUUUGCAUAUAUCAUAUCAAGCCCUCCGUCAAUUUGCCGAACAUGACGAUUACGCUUACGUUCGAUUCAUUUUCACUCGAAAAUUCAAACGAGUGCAUUUGGGACUACGUACGAGUAUUCAAUGACACAUUCACCUACCAAGGCCCAAAAUUUUGUGGAUCCACCUUACCAGCACCUAUAACCACUAUUGGUCCAGAAAUGAUAGUCUGGUUUCGAUCAGACAUAUACCAGACUAUGCCGGGAUUCAGAGCUAACUACACUAUAGAACUCGAGCCAUCAACAACAAAUGUCCCUGUUACAACCCUUCCAACCUCUACAUUAAUGCCAGAAUCCACUGUAAUCACAGUGCCUGUAACCACCAGCGAACAUCCAACAGAACCAGCUUCCACAACAACUUCUAAAAUCGCCACCAGCGAACGUCCAACAGAACCAGCUUCCACAACAACUUCUAAACUCACCACCAGCGAACGUCCAACAGAACCAGCUCCCACAACAAUUUCUAAGGUCCACACCAGCGAACGUCCAACAGAACCACCUUCCACAACAACUUCUAAAGUCAACACCAGCGAACGUCCAACAGAACCAGCUCCAACAACAACUUCCCGUGCUACCACAAGUGUACGUCCAACCGAGCAAUCUUCGACAACUGCUCGUGUGACAAAUGAACGUCCAACAGCUUCCACAACAAUCUCUACAGUCGCCACCAGCAAACUUACAACAGAAUCAGCUUCCACAACUGCUCGUGUGAUCACCAGUGAGCGUCCAACAGAACCAGCUACAGCUGCUCGUGUCACCACCAGUGAGCGUCCAAUAGAACCAGCUACAACUGCUCGUGUCAUCACCAGCGAACGUCCAACAGAACCAGCUUCCACAACAACUUCUAAACUCACCACCAGCGAACGUCCAACAGAACCAGCUACCACAACGUCUCGUGUCACCACCAGUGAACGUCCAACAGAACCAGCUACCACAACGUCUCGUGUUACCUCCAGUGAAAGUCCAACAGAACCAGCUACCACAACGUCUCGCGUUAUCACCAGUGAGCGUCCAACAGAACCAGUUACAACUGCUCGUGUCAUCACCAGUGAAAGUCCAACAGAACCAGCCACAACUGCUCGUGUCACCACCAGUGAACGUCAUACAGAACCAGCUACCACAACGUCUCGUGUCACCACCAGUGAACGUACAACAGAACCAGUUUCCACUACAACUGCUCGUGCAACUACACAACGUCCAACAAGUCCAGUUGUUUCAACAACGGCAAGUGUUAGUAGUACACCUCCGACAGAGCCUUCCGUCAGCCAACAGAUAUCAACAGCAAGUAUGUCGCGAAACGAAUGCUCGGCAACAUAUACAGGCCUGUCCGGUGAUUUCAACUCUCCAAACUACCCAAGAAAGUAUCCUAACAAUAAGAAAUGUUCCUACACAAUCAAUGUUCCAGUGGGGAAGAGAAUCGUCUUACAGUUCAAAGACUUCCAGAUUGAAAACGAGGGCGAUUUUUCAAAUCUGCAAAGCUCCUGUCCUUUUGACGCCAUUUUGGUUCAUCUUGGCAAUGGGAUUCGCAUGCCGAUGAAAUUGUGCGGUAACAAGCAACCCGAAGAGGCUCUGGUGUCUCUCGCCAACACAAUCACUUUGGAGUUGAUAACCGACAGUACGAUCAGGAAAAAGGGUUUCUAUGCUUCCUAUCACACUAUAGAUGAACCCCUGUCAUCCGUGGGAGAGGAACACGUAAUUACAUCACCCAAGUGGCCUGAACAAUGCCCAGGGAUGCUUCGUGACACCUACUCCCUGGAAGUAGAGGAUAACUUCCGGGUCGAGCUUACCUUCAAUGUCAUUGACCUGAUAGAUGAUGUGACUUGUAGGGAAGACGAGCUAGAGAUCGAUCUUGGUAAAGGAAUUGCUGUCCCCAUGAUUCUGUGUGGAAACAGAUUGCCCGAGGGUUCACUUGUUUCUCUAGAUAACACCAUGAACUUGAAGUUGCUCACUGACAGAUCGUCCACCAGACGAGGAUUUUCAGCUUCGUAUAGAGCUGUACCAGCGGACAUCUUUGAUUUACCCGACAAUGAUGAUGAAGAGGAUGAAGUAGACGAAGAUUUGGAUGGUAGCGAGAAUCCCGAUGGAAACAGCAAUGUGAAUGGCUAUGGGACCGGUAAUGGUAAUGGGAACGGCAAUAGAAAUGGAAAUGGCAAUAGAAAUCGAAAUGGUAACAGGAAUGUAAACGGUAGAGGGAAUGGCAAUAGUAGGGGGAAUGGCAACGGAAAUUUGAAUUGGAACCAGUAUCAUGACUACUGGAACGACUUUGUGAAUGGGAAUUUGAAUGAUCAUUGGGAUGGAGAAGGAUAUGGAAACGGGGACUGGGAUGGGGAUCGGUUUGAGAACGAUCAUUGGGAAGGAGACAUGGACGAAAAUGGAAAUGGCUAUUGGAACGACUAUCGAAACAAUGGUUAUGGCAAUGGGCGAGGUUGGCAACGGGAAUAGAGGUUAAGACCGAUAUGAAUAACCGCAUCCCGGGAAAUGAGACUACCAUCAAACGUUAAACAAGAGAAAAAGUAUUUAAUUUCUUCUCUUCUAUCACAUAGAUAUAUAUAUAUAUUUUCUUGCAAAUUUCCUUGACAAAAAUCUACAGCUUUAGACUAGAUUUUGCCAUACUGUAUAUCCCUCUUAUUUGGCGCGGCUUAUCAAUUCUAUCGGCAUUCAAAUUAUGAGUAACAUUUUAAAUUAAAAAGCAGAAUGAAGACUUGCAGAAUUCCGCCAAUUAUCUCUCUAAAUAGAAAUCAUUACCUGGAAAUCAAAAAUAUAAAAAUAGAAUUUUCUACACACAAAACUAUGAAAUCAUAACGGUCCCGAGACCGGGGAGGGGGCACCCCCAAUAAAAAAUAGAAAAAUUCAGC